UUUAAUGAGUGUUUGAUGGAAAACAACAAUGGCGGUGUUUGCGUUCUCCAGUCGCAUGAUAGCUGUUUCCUUGCAUACAGUGUGACUUUAAAUCAGCCAAUCAAAUACAGUCUUGCGCCUGAAGAGACUAUGAACAGAAAGAUUCUUUCCAUUCAAGUCACGGAUUUGAACAUGAUGAUAUCGCCACCAUCUGUUUUCUAUUUGAUGCUUUUGUUCUUUGGGGAAAUGGCUCAGAAGAGUCAUCAGUCCUCAUCUGUUCAUCAAGACAAAGGGUUUAUAUCCACUAAUGUCAGGGAGAGUGUAACUUUGCAGUGUUUCUACGAAGGUGAAGUGGCGGCAAGGUUUUACUGGUAUAAGCAAACACUAGGAGAGAAGCCAAGGCUCAUUUCUAGCUUCUUUUCGUAUGAUAAAAAUGGCACUUUCUAUGAUGAAUGUGAGAACAAUCCACGCUUCACACUGUCUACUGAAAAAGCUCAAAAUCAUUUGACGAUCACAGAUCUGCAGGUUUCGGACUCAGCUACUUAUUUCUGCGUGUGUAGCUUUUCGGUAAGUUUUGAAUUUGCAGAAGGAAUCACUGUGAGUGUUAAAGGUUCAGCUUUGAACAGCCGGCCUUUAAUUCAGCAGUCUGCAUCUAAGACCAUCCAACCAGGAGGCUCUGUGACUCUGAACUGUACAGUACAGACUGGGACCUGUGAUGAAGAACACAGUGUUUACUGGUUCAGAGACUCUAAAGAGUCUCAUUCAGGACUCAUUUACAGCCAUGGAGGCAGGAAUGAUGAGUGUGAGAGGAAACCAAAGACAGACACGAACACCUGUGUGUACAGCCUGCCAAUGAAGAACCUGGAUGUUUCUCAUGUUGGGAUCUACUACUGUGCUGUUGCCUCAUGUGGAUACUUGCUUUUUGGAAACGGGACCAAGCUGGACUUUGGGUGUAAGUACAGUUAAGAAAAGUUCUUACUCCCACUUUGAAGUCAAUACUUUAACAAAGUUGAAAACUCCGUAAUGUCUCCUGCUGUUUGAAUAUGUAGACAAGCUGGACUCUCUUCUCUUGGCAUAUGUCUUAAAUGGAGCAGUCGCAUUCAAUACAAUCGUGAUUGUAUUUCUAAUUUCCUCAAUGAGUUUGAAGAAGAUAAAACACUGUCUCUGCACAGAAUCUCUCAGAUUUUCAGAUCUCGCCAUGACAAAUGAAAUGGGCUACCAAAGUUUUUUAAGGGCGAACAAGAUCAACAACACAGGAAGACAUGGGGAUGACACCUGGG